CCACCGCAGGCCAAGGGAGCAGGUGCUGGCGGCUGUGAGGCGCCCCUGCAAGGUGAUGAGCGUGGUGGGCUCCGGCGGUCGCCGCCGGGCGCGAGUGUCCCGCCUCGUCUCCUUCAGCGCCACCCACCGGCUCCACAGCAAAUCUCUGAGUAACGAAGAAAACUUGAAAUUAUUUGGGAAAUGCAACAAUCCAAAUGGCCACGGGCACAAUUAUAAAGUUGUGGUGACAGUACAUGGAGAGAUUGAUCCUGUUACAGGCAUGGUUAUGAAUUUGACCGACCUCAAAGAGUAUAUGGAGGAGGCAAUUAUGAAGCCCCUUGAUCAUAAGAAUCUGGAUCUGGAUGUGCCAUACUUUGCAGAUGUUGUAAGCACCACAGAGAAUGUAGCUGUAUACAUCUGGGAAAACCUCCAGAAACUGGUUCCUGUGGGAGUUCUUUAUAAAGUAAAAGUAUAUGAAACUGACAAUAAUAUUGUAGUCUAUAAAGGAGAAUAGCUCUUACAGGUUAAUACCAUAAACAGAUUUAAUUUCUUUCCAUAUUUGAAAAAGGUCUUUAUCCCCUUGGACUAUUAACAAGUCAUCAUAUAAUUGUUGCACCUCCACACUGUGUUCUGGAGCGCCCGAUUCAUUGAAAUCAUUGUGAGUAAGACCUAUUUUAGAGUCAAAUCUAUCUUAAAACUAAAUUUGUAAUGUAUCCUGAGUAUCAUUUAGAGAGUCUUUUAUCUAUAGAUUAAAAAUCACUUCAUUUCAGCAAAAUGUUUUGGUGUAGAAUUAUUUGAAAGCAAAAGAAAUCUAUUUUUGUUUUUCCAUUAUCUCAUUUUUAGUAUUCAUUUUUCUCUUGGUAUAAUAUAAAUGGCAAAAAUGUUUAUAGGACUUAUGGUAGGUGAAUCUUAAAAAAUAAAAUACAGGUGACCACAAAAUCUGGAAACAUAAACAACAUAUAUUUUUUAAUAGAUUGGACUUCCUUGAUUACUUUUUUAGGGUAUGCUAAAGGCACAAGUUUAUUCAGUGAAAACUAGACGCACAAAUCAUCUGAGGCAAUGCAUUGUAGAUGGAUGUACAAGGAUGGAUGGAAAUGCUGCGUUAGUGCACAUUGUUCAUUGCAAUUUUGCACAGCUUAUUAAACUGUGAAUUGCUAGUGAGGAACAGCACAUUGAACAUGUCAUGGAAUAUCAGUAAACUACUUAUUAUGUAUAUUUGUGCAUGUUUCCAGACCUAUGGCCACCUGAACAGUUUUAACUCAGAAGACUGAAGGAUAAUCAUAUUAAACCCUAUUAAUAUAUUAAACCCUAUAAACCCAUAUAUUAAACCCUAUUAAAUAAUCAACACAAAAAGGAUAUAUUGCUCUGUAAAGCAUCUCUUGUAUACAGUUUUUCCUAAUUGAUCCCAUUUUGUUCUGGUCAUUAAACUUACCUGCUGAAGUUGAACUAUA